GAGAGAGAGAGAGAGAGAGAGGAUGCAUGAUAGCCGACGCCGGUGCGUAAAAGUAGCAGUUGCGCACAGCACAGGGACGCGUUAACAUCAGGUGAACAGAAAGAGAAAGUGAAAGAGAGGGAGGGAGAGAGAGAGAGAGAGGGAGGAAGACCCCAUAAAAAUGAAUUCAGACUCCAGCCCCAGCAGCAGAGCCUCAUCCCCGGAUAUGGAUGCCAUGUUCCUCCGAGAACAUCUCCCCAGCCACCACUUCCACCACCUCCAGCAACACCCCGUUUCCUCCUCCACGCAGGGCGGCGACGGCCGCCACAAGAUGUCCGACGGCAAGUCUUCGUCGUCGGUAGGAAGCAGCAGCAGCAACAGCAACAACGCUAACAAGUAUAAACUAAAGAAGCAGGUGACCGAGGAGGAAAUGUACCAGCUUCGCCUCAAGAUCAACGGCCGAGAAAGGAAGCGCAUGCACGACCUGAACCUGGCCAUGGACGGCCUGAGGGAGGUGAUGCCGUACGCGCACGGACCCUCCGUGAGGAAGUUGUCCAAAAUCGCUACGCUCCUCCUGGCCCGGAACUACAUCCUCAUGCUCAACAGCUCCCUGGAUGAGAUGAAGCGCCUGGUGGGGGAGAUCUACGGAGGCCAACACUCGGCCUUCCACUGCGGCACUGUGACUCACCCGGGCCCGGGCGGACACUCGGCAGUAGCCGCUGCCGCUGCGGCUGCUGCUGCUGCUGCAGCCGCUGCCCACCAGGUGCACCCUCUCCUCGGGAGCAGCAUCUCCUCCUCGACCCCUUCCUCCACCUCCUCAUCAUCCACCCUGCCAGCUCUCACAUCCAUCCGGGCCCCACACGCCAUCAUGAAAAGCUCCCCGGCUGCACCCCCGAGUCUGCAGCUGGGCUCCGGCUUCCAGCACUGGGCCGGCCUGCCUUGUCCGUGCACCAUCUGCCAGGUGCCGCCUCCUCCUCCUCCUCCUCAUCCUCACAUCCCCAUCAGCUCCUCCGGCCUGACGAGACUCACUGGGGAGGCCAAAGAGGGCAUGAAAUGAUGUGAGAUGAUGAAAGUGCAGACUGAGCCAUGUCAUGUAUAUAUUUCUAACUUUUUUUUUUGAAAGGGGGGGUGGGCAUAAUGACAUGAUGAGUGUGGUGGUGCAUGUUGUUUUUGUUUUCUUGUUGGAUCCAUAUGAGAAAAUGUAUUAAUGUCCUCCUUGUACCAAGGACUUAAACUUAAUGACUGAUGCUUUACAUUUAACAAAAAAAAAAAAAAAAAAAAAAAGCUGUGCG